UCUCAUCUCUAGGCCUGGCUCUCAAUCCACUGAGCUACCCAGCUGUCCAUGACCUCCUAGCUUUUUAUAGCUACAUUUAUCUUUUAGCUUUUCGUUACCCUCUUUUGAAUCUUCUCAAAAGAUUACAAAAAAGUUUAGCCAUAUCUUAACCUGGAGAGGAGCAUUGUCAAAGCUUCAGACUCCACACCUGAGUUCUUCUCUUAUAGCUAUAAGAAUAAAGCAAUGCCUUGAUCCAAGCAAGAACUCAAGAGUAGUAUAAAUUGGCAAAAGCCCCAGGCCCUCAGAUCAUAGAGAGUGAGAUGGAAGGGUCCUUCAAGGCCAACAAGGCCAUCUUCCUUUUUUUUUUUUUUUUUUUUUUUUUUUAAUAGAGGAUGAAACCUGAGGCCCAGACAGCUGAGGGGACUUGUCCAAAGUCACACAAGCAGUAAAUGGCUGAGGUGGGAUUUAAAUCUAGAUCCCUCCCCUUCGUGAUUAAUUGUUCCUUCUACUAUAUCAUACUGCCUCUUUUCAUCACUAGCCAAAGACCUCAGCUUCUACCACUGUGAAAAAAAAAAGACAAUAAUCCUUAUUGACAGUGUUGUAGAAAAUACAGCCUUGUCAGAUUCCCAAACUUUGCAGAUUAAAAAUCUGUUGGAAUAAUGAGCACUUUUUAUCUUUACCAUAAUAAUUGAGGAAAAUGGCAUGGCUUUCAUUUUGCUUCCCUUCUAAGUUACCAUUUUAAAUGCCACAAAAGAACAGCCUCUCUUUUAAAACAUGUUAUAAUCUCUUUAUAAUAGGCAAUUAUCCUGCAGUACAUUUUCAGACAGAGUGGCAACCUGUUCCUACAGCUCAGCAAGUUCCUGAAAACCUGAAUCUAAGGAAGGACAGCGGCGUCUCCACACCGGCUCUCGCCAUGGCGGUCAUGAAGCGGAAGCGCGUCGUGCUUACCAUCCAGGAGAAGCUGGAAAUCAUUGAGAAGCUGGAGAAAGGCGGUAACACGAGGCAGCUGUCCGUCAUGUAUGGGAUCGGCGAGCAGACCGUGCGGGACUUAAAGAAGAGGAAGGCUCAGCUCCUGUCCUACGCCAGCAGCUCGGGCUCCGCCACGCUCCUGGCCAGGCGCAAGUCCAUGAAGCAGAGCACUUACAAGGAGCUGGACAGAGCCAUGCUCGAGUGGUUUAACCAGCAGAGGGCCGAAGGGACUCCGGUGUCCGGCAUCGUCUGUGCGAAACAAGCAAAGGCUUUUUUUAACGCCCUGGGGAUGGAGGGGGACUUCAAUGCCUCCACGGGCUGGCUUACCAGGUUUAAGCAGAGGCACGGCAUCCGAGAGCUCAACUACCAGGGCGAGAAGUCAAACGGAGAUCAGUCGGCUGCUGCGGAUUUCCGGGAAGAUUUUGAAGAAUUUACGGAAAGCGAAAGGUUGCAGCCAGAACAGAUAUACAACGCCGAUGAAACUGGGCUUUACUGGAAAUCCUUACCCGCGAGGACGCUGGCUUUUGAGAAUGAGCAUCCUAUUCCAAGCCAUAAACUCAACAGAGAGAGACUCACGGUGUUGUGUUGCGUAAAUGCCACUGGCUCUCACAAACUGAAACUGUGCGUUGUUGGGAAAGCGGAGCAUUUGCACUUGCUUCAAGAAGCCCAUCCGCUAAAUGUGCCCGUCGAUUGUUUUAGCCACCAAGAAGCAUGGCUGGAGGGCACAAUUUUCAAAGAAUGGUUUGACAAGAAAUUUGUCCCCCAGGUCCGGGAGCACUUGCGGUCUAAAGGCCUUGCAGAAAGAGCCGUCCUCCUUUUAGACUACGCGCCCUCCAAACCCAGCGAGGGCCUUCUGAAGUCUGAGGAUGGCAACAUCUUUGUGAAAUACUUGCCCCCCAACGUGGCCGCUCUCAUUCAGCCUAUGGACCAGGGCGUGAUAGCGUGUAUGAAGCGACACUACAGAACAGGACUACUAAGGAAGCACGUGCAAGAGGGGCACGACAUCAAGUCCUUCGGGACCAACCUGACGGCUCAGGACGCCGUCACUCAAGCCAUUAGAGCGUGGAACUUGGUGAAGCCAGUCACAAUCCUACGGUCGUGGCGAAAAAUUAUCUCUGACCCCGAGGAAGAAGGGGUUCCUUCAGCCAGCUUCCUGGCCGAGGGGCAGCAGCAGACCAACGGCCACCCGAAGAGCCGUCCUGCCCUCGGGGAGCAGAGGCCCGCCAUCCCUUACCAGGAAGGAGACAGCCAGCUGCCGUCUGACAAAGAGAGGCUAACGAAGGCCCAAGAAGUCAAGGUGGAACUGAACGAAAGCGAAGCAGAGGAGCAGGAACUCCUUCCAGAGGGUCACAUUAGCCACAGCGCUGCUCGGAGCUACGUGGAGAUCUUGCUGGACUAUUUGGAGCAGCAAGAGGACUCGCUGAUGACCGACAAACUAGUCCUGCACCGACUGCGCACAACCAUAAGGAAAAAGGAAAAUGAGGCAAUGCGCCAAGUAAGAGUCACUGAUUUUUUGACCGAUAAAUGAAUCUAGGCCUCGAUUUUCUCAUCUGUAAAAUGAGGGGUUUGGACUAAAUGAGCUCAAGGGCCCAUUCCUGCCCAGUUCUGUGGUCUGUAGGAUCUGUCACUGUCCUGUGGGGGCUGAAAUGGGCUUAUUUAUGACCUUGUUCUGUGUUUGUUUAUGGAAGGUAAAUAUACUAAGUAUAUAUGUAUUUGUAGCACAAAUUAUAUUUUGGGCAGGGUGAUCUACUUAAAAAUAGACUGUUUACUUUAAUAUUAUUUUUAAAUGAGACUCCUUUCGUUAUUUGUUUUUGCUUUAUCCAAGCAUACUCUGCCACCACUUUUGCCUCUGUCCUGCAUUUCUCAGGAUAAUCAAGAAUUAAUUUUGUUUUAUUACAUUAAAGCUCGAUGGCAUGUAAAUUCCAUUUCACUCCAAGUCAGGGAAAUGGUGGGUGACAAGAUGAGCCAUUCAUCCUUGGAGACACAGGUUCAGAAGCCACUCUUAAAACCUCUGUGUUUGCUUCCACCACUUUAUAAUAAAGAUGACAGUUACUCA